UAUGGUUUCGAUUUCCGUUGCACAAUCUUGUCUUUUCCCAUUUAGCUCUUUGAAAGACACCGGCUUCAUUGUAAGCAAAACGUCUGUCGUUUGGUUUACGUCAUCUCUAAAUCAACAAAUGACCUACAUUUUACAACACAUCCUCUUUGCAUAGUACUUUCCAGAUGAGCCAUUUCUCAAAGAGACCAGACAGAGCAGCUGACGGACACCAGGGGAGUCUGAUUUCCUUUAACAUCACACAGGAAUCGCGCUAAAACACGAGACCAACACACCCGGGACCUCCUCAUCCUCAUCAUCAUCAUCAUCAUCGUCAGCAGCAGCAGCAGCAGCAUGUCGGUACCGCAGGCGCUCGAGGCAGCAUCCCCCCUCCAAAUAUGCAGGCUCAUGCGGCCAGACGAUGCCAACAUUGUGGGUAAUGUCCAUGGUGGCAUAAUCCUCAAGAUGAUCGAGGAAGCCGGAUGCAUCAUUGGCACGCGACACUGCAACACACAGAAUGGGGACCGUUGUUUGGCAGCUCUGGUUCGUGUGGAGAAGACAGAGUUCCUUUUCCCCAUGUUCAUUGGCGAGGUCGCCCAUGUAACCGCUGAGAUCACUUACACCUCUAAGCACUCACUGGAGGUGCAGGUCAAAGUCAUUGCUGAGAACCUCCUCACAGGUGCCAAAAAGCUGGCCAACAAGGCAGCGCUGUGGUACGUCCCCUGCUCUCUGCAGAAUGUCGAAAAGAUCAUGGAUGUUCCUCCCAUCAAGUAUGCCACUGCGGAAGAAGAGGAGCAAGGCAGAAAGCGCUAUGAGGCUCAGAAGCUGGAGAGGCUGGAAACCAAAGCGAGGAUUGACGAAGUGGUGCCACUUCCAACCAACCCAGAACAACACACAGUUGGUUACAGCCAGUCCAGCCUGAUCCAUUUGGUGGCCCCUUCUGACUGCACACUACACAACAAUGUUCACGGUGGUGUGACCAUGAAGCUGAUGGAUGAGGUCGCCGGCAUUGUUGCUUUUCGACACUGCAACACCAACAUUGUCACUGCCUCUGUGGAAGCUAUCAACUUCCAUCGCAAGAUCCACAAAGGCUGUGUGGUGACAGUGACAGGGCGGCUCACAUUCGUCAGUAACAAGUCUAUGGAAAUUGAAGUGUUGGUAGAUGCUUCCUCGCUGAUGGAGGCAAAGAAACAGAAAUAUCGUGCUGUCUCUGCCUUCUUCACCUUCAUCUCCCUGGACAAGGACAACAAGCCUCUGCCUGUCCCUGCUCUUAAGAUUGAAGGAGAGGAGGAGCAGAGACGUUUUGAGGAGGGCAAAGCACGUUACCUCCAGAAUAAAGCAAAGAGACUCGCAGAUAAGGAGCGCAAGCAGUGACGCCACUGCUCACCACAGUUAAACGCCUGCAACAACAGUAUAUCAGCCUCACACAACACAUACAGUAUGAAGGAGAAAAAUCCCCUCUCCUGUUCUGUAAUUGUAACUUGAACCUGUGAUGAUUUUUUUUCCUGUGCUACGCACCAAAGCGUUCAUAUAUGGCUGUAUCUGUAUUUAAAGAUUAAGAGUACAUAUUUUUAUUUUGUGGAUAUUUUUAUUGAUUUAUGAAGACUAUUCUUGAUGUUCAAAAUGACAGUCUGACUGUAGAAGUAAGAGUACUAUUUUAUUUUUAGGAAGAUUUUUAAGUAUGAAGACUAUUUAUGAUCGGUGUCAGUGCAAAGCGAUAGUCUGAGCGCAAGGAAUAUGAUGAAUAAGUGAGUGAAUAAUAUUGAAUAAAAGAUCCAAGCGUGA